GUGGCAACUCUGAGAGAGAGAGAGAGAGAGAGAGAGAGAGAGAGAGAGAGGGAGAUAUUUUUGAGAUCUGCAGUCAGUUUGUAGGCACCUGUGUGGAGUGUGAACCAUCUGCCUUAAAUUUACAGCCUGGGCCUAGAAGCACCACACAAAGUGAGGCAGGUUGCAAGGACAAUGUCCUCUGAGCCCCAGGGCCAGUCUUUCCCAUCCACAAACAACAGAAGCUCACCAAUACCUUCUCCAGGCCAACUACACUCCUUUGACCAUCUAGGGACACCCUGCUUUCAGAUGCCAGAACCACAGUUUAACCAAAGCAACAUUGGGGAAGGGUAUGCACCGUACUCCCAAAGAGAAAGACUCCCUUACAGGCUGAAGAGUGCUAUUGCUGAGCGCUUUCGUAGACACAGUGUAAAUGGGACAGGAUCAGAACAGGAACCUGGUCUGGUAGAGAACAGUCACUUUCAUCCAUACAACCGCCAGUGCAGUGAAGGGGCUGUCCCUGAAGUUCAUGCCUUUAGUUGUCACAGAGGGGCUGGAUUGGCUGGGAAACUGACUACAGCUGAUGGAUCAGAGGAACAAUCCUCAUGGACUCCGUUAAGCAACAGUGUGGAGACCACCAGUUUCAUGGGAACUCAACAGCCCUUUGAUGAGCCACAGAUGAGCUCUGAGGAACCUCCCAGCUACUCGUCGGUUACCCAUCAGACAUACAGCCCCAUCAGUCCUCCACAACAGCAGUUUUCAGGUGUGUACUCUUCAAGAGGAAUAGACAGCAUCUCUAAUUACUAUAACCACAACCUCUCUUCACAAAUGUCCCAGGACAGUGCACAGCCACUCUACCCUAAACCUGUCUACUCUUAUAGUAUUCUCAUUUUCCUGGCACUGAGGAAUAGCAAGACUGGUAGUCUGCCAGUAAGUGAGAUCUACAGCUUCAUGACAGAACAUUUCCCUUACUUUAAGACAGCACCUGAUGGCUGGAAGAACUCUGUUCGACACAACCUCUCACUGAACAAAUGCUUUGAGAAAGUGGAGAAUAAGAAUGGAAACUCCUCUCGAAAGGGCUGCCUAUGGGCCCUGAACCCAGCAAAGAUAGAAAAGAUGCAGGAGGAACUACACAAGUGGAGACGUAAAGACCCUCUGACUGUACGAAGGAGCAUGGCCCGACCAGAGGAGUUGGAACGUCUGCUUGGGGAGAGACCGGAGAAGCUGAAACCUCUUGGUGUCCACUUUAGUUUAGCAAGCAGUCACUCAUACUCUCAGCCCCUAAGAGUUGGCAUGCAUCCGUCCUACAAGCAGCCAUCUGGCAAUGAGACCAGUGUCCUGCAUCAGAAGCCUCUCUACAGCCAUUUAUCCUCUCAAACUAUCCCACCACCUCCCCCAUACUUAUCCCCAGACCCUUUAGCUUUCUCAUACUACUCUCCCGUUACCCAGCUGCCCAGCGUUGGGCAUCCCCCUAGGAAUGGCAACCUGGGCUCCCCUUUACCAGCACACACCCCACCAAGUUACAGCACCGCCCUGCAGGCCACUCACAGUUCUGCGGGGGGCAUGCAGGAUAUUCUACUGGAGGGAGAAAUCAGUAAUGAUGUUGAUGCAUUAAAUCCCAGCCUCACAGACCUACAAUUACAUGGACAUCUUUGGGAAGAGCUAAGAAAUGACAGCCUCACUCCAGAUUCACUGGUAGUCAUGGAUGCAUCCCUCUCCCCAACCCAGCUUAGUCCAACCCAAGCCAGUGACAGUGAUGGGGUCUAUGGCCAGUCUACUGUGGAGGUGGGGUCAGUGGGGAAUGAAGGUGGGGUGCAAGGCAGCGUUUCUGAGCUGUACCUCAAUGGGCUAUUCACAACUGCUUUUACCAGCACAGACGGCAUGCCAGGUCUCCUCUCUUCCUCAGGAAACACUCCAAUCCAUCUGCUUUGAGGACGAAACCUCUAUGUGGUGUCCCAGCAAUCAGUCUUUUUCAAAUCAGUCCCUUUUUAAAUACUAAAUGCAAAUAAUAAAAUACAGCUAACCACAUAAUUGUGCAUAGUUUGGAUAACAAAAUGUUUAGGCUUAUCAACCUUCAAAAGAAAACCAAGAACAACAAAAACUACAUUAGAUACGGGUUCACUUGAAGAUAAGCAUAGUUUACUCCAACCUUUUAUGUGGUGAAUUACUGGCUUAAUACCAGAAAAUGCAGUUUAAAACCACUGGAAUUUUGAAAGUUCAUGUUUUAGAAUUUUUGAAAAGUGUGACUUUUAAGGUGGUGCUUAGGUAAAAAACAACAAAAACUUCUUUUUUAUGUCUAAUUAUAUAAUCAAAUGCCACUUAAUUCAAAGUCUUUUGGGCUUUUUUUUUUUAAAUUCCAAAAUGUUCUGUAAGCAUUUACUAUGCUCUAAAUCAUGUAACCCUUUGUAACUUCAUAUGCCCUUCAGUGUGGCCUAAACUGUCAAUGGUACAAUGUCUUCAUUAAUUAUGGUGUUGUAUUUUCUUUUGUGCAAGUGUUAUUGUUUAAACCCAUUUCAGUGUUUUGGUUUGUAAGAUUUCAAUGAGUCGUUACGGACUUGCUGUGUAAAUGAGUAUUCAGUAUUCAGUAUAAAUUUCAUAGUCAGUAUUGAUUUCUAUGUUUGCAUUUGCCAUGACAACCACAGGGAGGUGUGGUUGCCUCUUUUUUUUUUAAAAAAAAAGAAACACUGAAAAACACAACAGCGAACAACAACAAACCUUAGCAUUUUUUUCAAAAUGGAAAUAAUUGCAUAUUACCGGUACUGUAAAUUAUUUGUUUUCCCUUUACUGUAUAUUAUUCUCUUUUCAACUAUUUUAGCAUUGUUUUAUAUGAGUUUCA